AAGCUUUAUCGUUUGGGGAAUACAAUAUGUUUUAAUUAUUUGCUCGUGUUACAAGGCUCACCCGGUAUAUCAUGUAUACGUAUAUGAUACAAAAUAUUAUAUGUGUACAUUAUAAAUACAAGCGUGAAAGAGUGGUCAGAAACAAGACAACGAAAAUAAUUUUGGCCCAGGUACGGCGCUACGGACGGAUACGGAACAUUGUAUUGUAAUCUCUACUUUUGACAUAAUAUAUUUAACAUUAAUUUGUGCAUGCAUAAAUAAACAAUAAAAAUAAACUAUGAAUGGAGCAUCUUGAGUACUAUGAUGUUCUGUAAUCAGUGAUCAGUGACAAUUAUACUAUACUUGAGUCCACCAAAAGAUAGCGCCAGCCCAAUGCUCUCCAGUAUACGUGUGCAUUUGGACGGCGACGAUCGUGUUUGUUUUUAUCGUAAAACAAUCGGGCUUUACAAUGUUUUAAUGCAAUGGAAAUUUAAACGAAUAUGGAUGAGUUAGCUAUUAUAAGUAUAAACGCGUUUAGGGAUUGAAUAUAUUUAGUCGGCGAAAGUUUGUGUUGAUAUUGGAUUGUUAACAUUUAUUUUUAUGUUAAACAGCGACACCAGCAUAAAAUAAUGGAGCACUCAAUCUUCGGGGCAUGGGAUUAUGUCAUAAUAGCGGCAACCUUAAUAAUCUCUACCGCUAUAGGAGUAUACUAUCGCUUCAGUGGAGGGAAACAAAAAACUAAUGAGGAAUUUUUACUGGCAGACCGAAACAUGUCUAUAAUGCCAGUCGCAGUAUCUCUGAUGGCUUCUUUUAUGUCCGCCAUCUCUUUACUAGGAGGAUCGUCAGAAACCUACACUUACGGCAUGAUAUUUAUAUUAAUAAACCUGCCCUACGGCUACGGCACACCAAUCGUAACAAAACUGUACUUACCAGUGUUUUUCGGGCUUCAAAAAACAAGUACUUACGAAUAUUUAGAGCUGCGAUUUGGACGCUAUAUACGUAUGCUUACAUCUCUGACAUACACCUUGCAAAUGGUGUUGUAUAAUGGCAUUGUUCUUUACGCGCCAGCUAUUGCUCUGGAAGCAGUUACAGGGCUCGAUAGACUGAUAUCUAUAUUAGUAGUUGGGUUAUCUUGUACCAUUUACGCAACUUUGGGAGGUAUGAAAGCUGUGGUGAUCACAGACGUUCUACAGUCUGCGCUGAUGUUUGCAGCUGUUUUGAGCGUCACUGCCUUCUGUGCCAUACAGCUUGGAGGCUUUGAACAAAUUUUUAUUAUCGCUCGAGAAGGUGGACGUCUGGAUUUUUCGAAUAUCAGCAUAAGACCAACGGAGAGACACACGUGGUGGUCCUUGAACAUCGGUGGUCUGAUCAACUAUUUGUCGCUGUACGCGGUCAAUCAGACACAGGUUUAAAGUAAAUCUUCGUUAUAACUUUUUCGUUAUUUUAUCAUACUUUGCAACCGUUAGAGACUGUAGAGACUAGAAGUCUUAUAAUUUCGGACUCUACAAAUCACAUAUUUAUUUUUGUAUGACCUUAAAACUUAUAUUCUAGGAAAGGAAAUAUGUAUUAUCCAGUGAACAGAAAUGUCACAGUAAACAUAACACACACACGUAUAAUGGAACAGGCACCAGUAAUGGGAUGGUAUAGACAAAUCCUGUAAAAUAAGUAUUUACCAUCAGUUUUUAAUCGCUGGUAACAUUUUACUAUAAACAAGAGCCAAUGAGCUGCUUAAGUUUAAUUUUUCAUUGAUAUUUGUUAGUUUGAAAAUGAAUGAGGCCAUACAUCCCAUGACUGGAGCAAAAAACAGUUUUAAUUGGUUAAUAAUAUUGACACCAAUUGCAGUAGCUUUCAUUAAAUACAUAGAAAACAUAAAGGACGAUUAGGACAUUCAACUUUUAACGCAUAAAGCGGUAGAAAUUUUACAGGUGUCGGUGAAAGAAAAAAUAAUCCCAAUUUUCUCUUAAAUGUCUAAUUCCUUACUUAAAAAAUCGAAAUAUGUUUAUACCUAUUCCACGAGCAUGUUAUUUAAAAAAAUUAUGCAGCUAUUUGGAGUUUCCAUAAGAGGAAAUAAAAAUUAAGGAUAAAAUAAAAAUGAGUUUUUUUUUCUUCUUUUCGAUUAGGAAUUACAAAAUAACCGUAAAUGCCAAGUACAUCAUAUGUUAGGCGGAUUUGUAGAAAAUGUCAAGGAGUACUGUUAUGUAUUAAUCAUGUGCCCCUCCCCUUGAUCGACAUCAACCUCUCCACAUUCUACUAAUAUGCUACUAUUGGGACAGUUUUGCUCCUAAGUGUAUCUACCCACAUUGUGGUACAACCAAACAUCAAAUGCGUAUGUUCUAGGUCCAACGCUUGCUAACAGUGAGCUCGCUAAAGCGCUCGCAAGCUUGCCUGUGGUGGAGCUGGCCGGUGCUCGCCUUCAUGAGUUUCGCCAGCUGUCUCGCUGGUAUCGCCAUGUACGCCGUGUACAAGGACUG